AAGGCCGGCAUCAUUGCCGCCUCGAAGGCCGGAGAGAUGCGCUUCACUGACACCCGAAAGGACGAACAGGAGAGAUGUAUUACCAUUAAGUCGACCGCCAUUUCCAUGUACUUCGAGAUGAAGGAGUCGGACAUGGCUUUCAUCAAAGAGGCCGAUCAGAAGGAGAAGGGAGACGAGAAGGGCUUCUUAAUCAAUCUGAUCGACAGUCCCGGUCACGUGGACUUCAGCUCUGAAGUGACGGCCGCUCUUCGGGUCACCGACGGAGCCCUCGUUGUGGUCGACUGUGUGUCCGGAGUGUGCGUCCAGACGGAGACAGUGUUGCGUCAGGCGAUCGCAGAGCGCAUAAAGCCGGUGGUGUUCAUGAAUAAGAUGGACUUAGCUAUGCUUACGCUGCAACUCGAACAGGAAGACCUCUACCAGAAGUUCACCCGUAUUGUGGAGACUGUGAACGUGAUAAUCGCCACUUACGCCGACGAGUCCGGACCCAUGGGUGACAUCAAAGUGGAUCCGUCUAAGGGUAGCGUUGGCUUUGGAUCAGGUCUUCACGGAUGGGCGUUCACUCUGAAGCAGUUCUCUGAGAUGUACGCCGAGAAGUUCAAGAUCGACACCGAGAAACUGAUGAACCGCUUGUGGGGCGAGAACUUCUACAAUCCCACGACCAGGAAGUGGGCCAAGAAGUACGACGACGGCUUCAAACGCUCGUUCUGUAUGUUUGUAUUGGAGCCCAUCUUCAAGGUGUUCGACGCCAUCAUGAACUUCAAGAAGGAGGAGAUCCCGAAGUUGUUGACAAAGUUGAACAUUGUCUUGAAGGGCGACGACAAGGAGAAGGAGGGCAAAGACCUGUUGAAGGUUGUGAUGAGGACUUGGCUGCCGGCCGGCGAGUCGUUGCUUCAGAUGAUAGCCAUUCACUUGCCGUCACCGAUCACUGCGCAGAAGUACAGAAUGGAAACGCUAUACGAAGGCCCGCACGACGACGAGGCAGCUGUUGGUCAGUACUCCACAGUCAGAUCCGUUAAGACGUGUAAUCCUGAGGGACCGCUAAUGAUGUACAUCUCAAAGAUGGUGCCGACUUCAGACAAGGGACGCUUCUAUGCGUUCGGUCGUGUCUUCUCCGGUAUUGUGUCUUCGGGACAGAAGGUGCGGAUAAUGGGACCCAAUUAUGUUCCCGGAGGCAAACAGGAUUUGGUCGAGAAGGCUAUUCAACGAACUGUGCUUAUGAUGGGUCGUAACGUUGAGUCCAUUGAGAACGUCCCGUGCGGUAACAUUUGCGGUCUCGUCGGUGUGGAUCAGUUCCUCGUGAAGACCGGAACGAUCUCUACGUUCAAAGACGCGCAUAACAUGAAAGUAAUGAAGUUUUCUGUGAGUCCUGUGGUUCGCGUUGCCGUUGAGCCCAAAAAUCCGGCCGAUUUGCCAAAACUGGUCGAAGGGCUGAAACGAUUGGCGAAAUCAGAUCCUAUGGUUCAGUGUAUUAUUGAAGAGUCUGGCGAACACAUCGUCGCCGGCGCCGGAGAAUUGCAUCUCGAGAUCUGUCUGAAGGACUUGGAAGAAGAUCAC